AUGAAAUCCUUUGUGGCUGUAUUAGUGAUUUGUGCUUUGGCUUACACUCAGGCCCAAGCUCCAGCAGCAGCUGGCUUAUACCCCGGUUUUCCAUCAUCAUUUGCCGGUCUCUCGCCAGCUCAAUUCUAUCAAUCUUUGGUUUUGCAAAAAGAGGCCGGUAAGCUGUUGGUAAGACCAGAUCUACCCGAAGACUUGAGACAACGCGUUUUCGAUACCAUGGCCCGUGCUGAACAAUCUUUGAACCAAUGUAGUGGCACCCCUGAUGCUGCUGCAGCUGCCCCUGGUGCCGCACCUGCCACUCCCACCUUACCAUGGGUGCAAAUUCAAUGCUCUGCAUUGCAAAUGAAAAUCUACAAAAAUCAAUUGAAGGUCAUCAAGAGCGAAGCCAAUGCCAGAGCCAUGGCUGCCACAGCAACUCCAGCUGGCGCUGCCGCCGCACCAGCUUUUUAA